GGGAGCUUCUACCAUGCACGUGAUCUAAGGUUAACCACUUCGGAAAUUAUCAUUUAAUCUCCUUAGUCCCGAUAGCCAAGAAUUCUUUUGCCCCUUUUCUCGUCGCUGCCAAGAUAAUACAUCUUCUUUUUACUUUCUCUAUGCUAUAAGAAGCUUUUACCGUCGGUCAAAUGAUAAAUUCGGAUCAUGACAAAUUCUCCGUCUGUUUGUCCAGUCCGAAUCAAUUAGGCUAGGCAUAGGUGAUUGUAGCGCAUCCAGCGCUUCGAGAAGCUUGCUCUUCGAUGAUCAUCAUUAUGACGAAAAUCGGACAUUGAACCAUACAACGUGUAAGUCUUUCAUUGUGAAGUCACAUAAUCUGGCACGAGACUCAGUACCUUCUGUAUCGCGUUGCAGCCUUUCAGUCACCUUCCCAAUCAACAAAAUGACUAGUAUGUCGAUUCCUCCGCCUUGGCGAGCGGCUUGCAAGACUUUAUAUGAAAUUCCACAAGAAUGGGACUGAUUCAAGCCUACUUUAAAUUGAUGGUUCAAAAAAAGCUUCUCUAGCAAAAUUCACCAUUCGUGGAAAAUUCAAACUUGUCAAUAUGAGGGAAGUGCCGACCCGCUGCCAAGCUGAAAUCUGGGGAUAUGGAGUUGAAACAUAGAGGAAUCCCCAUCACUGCAGAUUAAUCUUCAUCUGAAGAUUGUGGAGAUAAUAUCUAGUGCCGGUGUGUUGAACAUCUGGGGCCUAUGAGCUGCUGCUUUCUGUGUACAUAUUUAUUCCGGCCCAUGACAAAUUGAUUUCGCCCAUUGUUCGCAUGACGAAAAUAUGAUUUCGGGAGAUUGCUAUGCUUGGCCUCGAGGACUUUAUAAAGACGGGUGUCCUCAAGACCUCACCUUGCCAAGUUUGACAUCCAUCCAUUUCACUUGAUCGUCUCAUCAUGCAUAAGAACUCUCAGAUCUCUGGGCUUUUAGCCCUCACCUUGGCAGGUGCUUGCACUGCCCAGACAGCCUGUACUGCUUCGGUGUAUUCCCAAAUCGCUCCUUGUGUUGCGUCUUCUACGGCCAUUGUUUUGAACAACGUGUUUGCGCCAUCAGGUAGCAGUAUUGACCUUACCAAAGUUAAGGCCGGUACAACAAUCACCUUCGCUGGAAAAACCACAUUUGGAUUUACCAAUGAAAGUAGCUUCGAACCAAUAAAGUUGGGGGGUUCUGGAAUCACCGUUACCGCCGAGCCUGAUGCAAUUAUCGAUGGCAAUGGCCAAGCUUACUGGGAUGGUCUUGGUUCAAACGGUGGUGUGCCAAAGCCAAACCAUUUCAUUGCAGCCUCGAAAUUGAUCGGGGGUUCCAUCAUUGAGAAUCUUUACAUUCAAAACUGGCCCGUCCAUCUUUUCACUAUCACCGGUGCUGUUGGACUGACCAUUCAAAAUCUGGUCCUCAACAACACAGCAGGAGACGCACCAAAUGCAGCAAGUGGUACAUUGGCCGCAGCACAUAAUUCAGAUGGAUUUGAUGUCAGCUCAUCCAGCAACACAAUAAUCAAGAAUACACAAGUUUUCAAUCAGGAUGAUUGUGUAGCAGUCACGAGCGGAAACAACAUCACCAUUGAUGGAUUACAUUGCUCAGGUGGUCAUGGUCUCUCCAUCGGAUCUGUUGGUGGAAAGAGUAACAACAAUGUUACAAAUAUCACAUUCAAAAACAGCGAAUUAGUCAAUUCCAGCAACGGAGCUCGCAUCAAGUCAAAUUCCGGAACCACCGGUUUCAUCUCCAACAUCACAUACAGCAAUAUCAAGCUCACCAAUAUUGAUACUUAUGGAAUCGAUGUACAACAAGAUUAUCUUAACGGAGGCCCAACAGGAAAGCCAACUAACGGUGUCAAAAUUGAGAACAUUCUAUUUGAAAAUGUGGUUGGAACAGCUGCAGCCAGUGCUAGAAACUACUAUGUGCUUUGUGGCGAGGGAAGCUGUAGCAAUAUCAAGUUCUCUGGUGUUAAGAUCACAGGAGGUGCAAAAAACAGCACCUGUAACUACCCAGCAACUGGCUGCCCCGCAUAAAUAUACAUGGGGAGCGAGGAGAAGUGAGAGAAUAAGGGUCGUCUGAAGCAGGAGGAAAGAGGAGGAAGGAGGAUAAAAGAUGUAUAUACUUGGGCACCGUUGUUUGUAUAUAAAAUUAAAAUAUUCGCAG